UCUAAUACUUUCAUCUUUGUUGUACGGAGCCAUGUGGUGACUACGAAAAGAAAUUGUUCUUGUUCCUUUGUUUCGGAGUUCAGUUCCAACUUCAACCUUACCUUCAACUACAAUCCUCACUGAAACCAACUCAAAUUUCAAAUCCAGAACAGAAUCUGAAUUGAAAUUAGAGAUUCGACAUGGAGAGGCUUCAGCGAAUGUUCGCAGGUGCAGGAGGAGCGCUAGGGCAUCCACCCCCAGAUUCCCCAACUCUCGAUUCCUCCGAGCAGGUCUACAUUUCCUCGCUCGCUCUCCUCAAGAUGCUUAAGCACGGAAGGGCUGGGGUUCCCAUGGAGGUGAUGGGUUUAAUGCUGGGCGAAUUCGUGGACGAGUAUACCGUCCGUGUUGUUGAUGUCUUUGCAAUGCCUCAGAGUGGCACUGGUGUUAGUGUUGAAGCCGUUGAUCAUGUCUUUCAGACUAAUAUGCUUGAUAUGCUCAAACAAACUGGAAGACCAGAGAUGGUUGUUGGCUGGUACCAUUCACAUCCUGGAUUUGGCUGUUGGCUGUCUGGUGUUGACAUCAAUACACAGCAGAGUUUUGAGGCUUUGAAUCAGCGUGCAGUGGCUGUGGUUGUAGAUCCAAUACAAAGUGUUAAAGGCAAAGUGGUUAUUGAUGCUUUUCGAUUGAUCAAUCCACAGACGAUGAUGCUUGGCCAAGAACCAAGGCAGACAACAUCCAAUCUGGGGCAUCUGAAUAAACCUUCCAUUCAAGCACUGAUCCAUGGGUUGAACCGGCAUUACUAUUCCAUAGCCAUUAAUUACAGGAAGAAUGAACUUGAGGAGAAAAUGUUGCUUAAUCUUCACAAGAAGAAGUGGACUGAUGGUUUGACACUUCAGCAUUUUGAUACGCAUUCCAAAACUAAUGAACAGAUUGUUCAGGAAAUGUUGAACUUAGCUAUCAAAUACAACAAGGCAGUCCAAGAGGAAGAUGAGCUGCCCCCUGAAAAGCUUGCAAUAGCAAAUGUGGGAAGACAGGAUGCCAAGAAACAUCUUGAAGAGCAUGUUUCCAAUUUGAUGUCUUCCAACAUUGUUCAAACUCUUGGAAUGAUGCUUGAUACUGUUGUCUUCUAGAGUUGUCAUUUUGGACCUUCUGGUUUCUCUAGCGUGAUAAGGAGGCAAGUUGAUUUUUUAUAAUUCUGUUUCCCAAUUUAUCUCAAACUAUAUUUGAAGGCAGUUGUAUUCUUUGGACGAGCUGAAAAGGUCAAGAAAGUAAAACUUAGCAUCGUAGUUUGUGUGGUGUCUCCCUCAGUAUCAGUGGGUAUCUUUUAAUGUUAUCUUAU